GGUGUUAAAAAUGCGUCAAAGUCACAUUUGUUUCCCAAUUAUUUGCGUUUAUUUACAAAUAUUAAAAUAUUUAAAUAAAAUUGAUUAUUGAACGAUCUAACCUGUGACAUUUUUCUAUAUUAUGUAGAUAGUAUCAUAGUGCAACAAAAAUGUCUGUUCAUUGGAGUUCAGAGAUCAUGAAAUGGGAAUACAGAGAAUUACAGGCUACGGCUAUGUCCGUUGAUUAUUCAGGCAAUAAUGUCCUUUUAGCUGGGCGAAGAUGGCUAGCGAUUAAACAGCUAAGCAUUGAUGAUGAUACCGGGGACAUAAUCAAAAAAUAUCCUCGGCAUAGUAAAUACGACGCUGCAGGUGCCGAAUGGUGUCAGACAUACCCUGGACAAAAAUUGUGUGCCAUAGCGAGUAAUCAGCGAGUAGACAUAUAUGAAUGGCGAGCAGGCAAUGACUUGACUUGUAUAUGUUCAUUGAAGGGCCACACUCGUGUAGUUAGUGAUACGCAUUUCCAUCGGCAGGAUCAUAAUUUAAUAGCCACAUGCUCAAUAGAUACAUUUACUCAUUUAUGGGAUCUAAGAGAUUCAAGGAAACCAGUUGUUUCACUUUGUGCUGUUGCUGGUGCUUCUCAAGUCCAAUGGAAUAAAGUAGCCUCGCAUAUAGUUGCCACUGCCCAUGAUGGUGAUAUUAAAGUUUGGGACUAUCGUAAAAAUUCAGCACCUUUGCAUUAUAUAUCAGCACACCUUUGUAAGAUUCAUGGAGUCGAUUGGAGUCCUCACCAUGAAUAUCAACUAGUCACUUCAAGUCACGAUGGGAGCAUCAAAUAUUUUGAUAUCAAUAAUGCUAGGAGGCCAGAAAAUGUGAUAAUGACUAAUUUUCCAGUAUGGAGAGCUAUAUAUACUCCGUUUGGUAGUGGGUUAUUGACAAUUGGUGUGGGGUGGGGAGGUUUACCCAGGGUUGAACAAGCUGGUGUCAUUGGAAUAUGGAUAGAAGGCACAUUAACUCAUAGGCUGGCUGGGCACACUGAUACUGUUCAGACAAUGGUGUGGAGGCCCAAUACCCUGCCUUCAAACUAUCAAUUAAUAACAUGGGGGAGAGAUCAAACACUAAGAAUAUGGACUAUGCACCCAUCUCUUCUGAAAAUGUGUUCCCAUUUUCUUCCUGAUGAUGUAGAACAUGAAGAAGAUAAUAUUAGUGAUGCAGCAAGCUAUGCAUCUACCAUAAGUUCAAUGAAUGACAUGUCAAUGAAUGAUAACAAAGGUCAGGAAAUUCAAAUGAACAAAAUUGUACAUAAAACACCUACCUCCAUAGAUGAAGAAUUUGAAUCAAUAAGGGAAAUGGCCAAUAUUGAAGUAACAGAUAUGAAUAUUGAAACUCGCACCUGUCAGAUACAUUCAGAGCGCAAUGGAUACAUUGCAAACUUGCAAGUUACGUUCCCGAGAAAUGUGACAGAACAAACAAUACCAAAGUUCUCAUGGUUAUCGGGAACAAAUGUAGACAGCGCUACCACAAUAAAAAUAUUGCAAGCUAUUAACAGAACUGCGUAUCGUAAGAAGAAAGAAGGCCAAAGAUGUUUGCUGUAUUGUUUGAAAACUUUGGCUACUUCAAUAGAUGAGAUUCCAGUGAAGUCAUCCGACGAUUCAGAUUCAAUGAAAUCAAGCCAAAGAAGUCAGUCUGAGAGUGAAAAUGCAGGUGAUUCUUGCAUUCCAUUCCCUCGUACAUGCAGCGCUAAAUGGUGCGGUGUUAGCACACUAGUCGUAUUCAAUAGACCAGCCAAUGCCCGGCGGUUAUCUCUAAAACACGAGAGUGGGACGCCAAGGUCGAUGUCGUCCUUAUCUCUGACUCCAGGGCUGUUUGGAACUGGGUACAGUUCUGUGUCUCCACAUGCUACAACUACUCCUUCGCCAACAAACGCCUCUGGUUUCCCACAGUUGCACCAUAGGCACGCGUCGAAUUCUAUCACUACAUUCUAUUUUCAAGAUCGUUGGAAAGCUCAAAGUCGCCGAGCUGGCAGUAUGCGCAGCCGCGGCAGUAUAUCUGGCUGCUCAUCACCUCGAGUCGUCCUAUACUCAGCUGACAGUUUAUUCCUACUAAGCAGAACACUUGCCGAGAAGUAUAUUAUCAACCCUGAUAAUCCAGUUGAAAUGUGUGAACACAACGCGAAGGUAUCAGCAGAUGAGGGAGAAGAGGAGCUAUCGCACACGUGGACGCUCGCGGCGCUGGUGGCGAAGGCGCUCAGCGUGCAGCCGGUGGACCACCUGAUGUCCAGCGAGGAGACCAUGGGCUGGGCGGGGCAUCCGCUCUGCUGUAACCUGCUGCAGACUCUAAUUUCACAUUAUGCCAAAUCACUCGAUCUACAAAUGGCGGCCAUGCUAACUUGUGCAUUUCUCGUAUUCAAUGACUCGAGCAGUUCCAGUUCUCAAUCCUCUAUUAGUACGUCUAGUUAUGGUAAUAAUACAUCACCGUACAACACAAUAAACCAAUAUAGCGAGAUAAGCGCUGACGGUUGGACACUGCCAAUAAUAUUGCGUAGUAACUCGUGUUCUGAAGCAGAAAAUUUAAACACGGAUUAUUCUCUUAUGAAGUCGGAUAGAAACUCUGCCUGUGUGCUUGAUGAGGCGACUGUACAUCUUUAUCAUUGUUUCAAGAGAACGUAUGCGGAUGUUUUACAUCGAUGGCAAUUGUUAUAUAAACGCACUGAGGUAAUGAAGUUGGUCCAUUGCAAGUACGACAUGCAGUACGAAGGCGAAGCGUCGUGGGAGUGCGGGCGGUGCGGGCGGUGCGGGCUGAGCACGCGCGGCGCGGGCUGCCCGGCGUGCCGCCGCGUGGCGCUGCCCUGCGCCGUGUGCGCGCGCGCCGUGCGCGGCCUGGCCGUCGCCUGCGCGCUGUGCACGCACGCGGGACACGCGCGCCACAUGCUCGCCUGGUUCGCGCAACACGAUACUUGUCCAACGGGGUGCGGCUGCAAGUGCGUAAUGGAAGGAAAUUCGGGAUGGAAGGGCGUUAAAUACGGAUGAAAAUAAUUUUGCCUGCCUGCCUAUUUGUAUAUUUCGUUUUAAUUUAUAGCAAAGCUAGAGGGAAUUAAAUAAAUAUUAUUUAUAACAAAGACUGUAACAUAAAAUUUUACACUGAAUAAAAACAUCUCAACUUUCAA